GCGGCGCCGAGGGGAGGAGACCAGCCCAUGGACCCGCGGGGCCCGGCGCCCCAGACGCUGCGCCGCCGGGACCGAGCCCAAGAUGUCGGCCUAGGCCGGGGCGCGACGACGCGGACGGGGCGGCGACGAGGGGCCGCGGCUGCCGAGGCUCGCGGCCGCCGGGACGCUGAGGGCUCGCCCUGACGGACUGGCCGAGCGGGCGGCGAGAGGCCGGCGCGUUGGGAGCGGGCCGCGCGGCACCAUGUCUGCCAAGGUGCGGCUCAAGAAGCUGGAGCAGCUGCUCCUGGACGGGCCCUGGCGCAACGAGAGCGCUCUGAGCGUGGAGACGCUGCUCGACGUGCUCGUCUGCCUGUACACCGAGUGUAGCCACUCGGCCCUGCGCCGCGACAAGUAUGUGGCCGAGUUCCUCGAGUGGGCUAAACCAUUUACACAACUGGUGAAGGAAAUGCAACUUCAUCGAGAAGACUUCGAAAUAAUUAAAGUAAUCGGAAGAGGUGCUUUUGGUGAGGUUGCUGUUGUCAAAAUGAAGAACACUGAACGCAUAUAUGCCAUGAAAAUCCUCAACAAGUGGGAGAUGCUUAAAAGAGCAGAGACGGCUUGUUUCCGGGAAGAACGCGAUGUGCUGGUGAAUGGGGACUGUCAGUGGAUCACCACGCUGCACUAUGCCUUUCAGGAUGAAAAUUAUCUGUACUUAGUCAUGGAUUAUUACGUGGGUGGUGAUUUACUGACCCUGCUCAGUAAAUUUGAGGACAAGCUUCCAGAAGAUAUGGCAAGAUUCUACAUUGGUGAAAUGGUGUUGGCUAUCGAUUCCAUCCAUCAGCUUCAUUACGUGCACAGAGACAUUAAACCUGACAAUGUCCUUUUGGAUGUGAAUGGUCAUAUCCGCCUGGCUGACUUUGGAUCGUGUUUGAAGAUGAAUGAUGAUGGAACUGUGCAGUCCUCUGUGGCCGUGGGCACCCCUGACUACAUCUCCCCAGAGAUCCUGCAGGCGAUGGAGGACGGCAUGGGCAAGUACGGCCCCGAGUGCGACUGGUGGUCUCUAGGUGUCUGCAUGUACGAGAUGCUUUAUGGAGAAACACCGUUUUAUGCAGAAUCCCUUGUGGAGACCUAUGGAAAGAUCAUGAACCAUGAAGAGCGGUUUCAGUUCCCAUCCCACGUCACAGACGUGUCCGAGGAGGCGAAAGACCUCAUCCAGAGGCUGAUCUGCAGUAGGGAGCGCCGGCUGGGACAGAAUGGGGUGGAGGACUUCAAGAAGCACGCGUUUUUCCAAGGACUGAACUGGGAAAAUAUACGAAACCUGGAAGCCCCUUACAUCCCGGAUGUGAGCAGUCCUUCCGACACGUCCAACUUUGACGUGGAUGACGACGUGCUGAGGAACGCUGCCAAGAACCCAGAGCCCAAGCCCCUGCCCCGGGUCCCCCACUCCUCCCUGCCCAGGCUCACGGAAAUAUUACCUCCUGGUUCUCAUACGGGCUUUUCUGGAUUACAUUUGCCAUUCAUCGGUUUUACAUUCACCACGGAAAGCUGUUUUUCUGACCGGGGCUCUCUGAAGAGCAUAAUGCAGUCCAGUACGUUAACCAAAGACGAGGGUGUGCAGCGGGAUUUGGAGAACAGCCUGCAGGUUGAAGCCUAUGAGAGGAGGAUCCGGAGGCUGGAACAGGAGAGGCUGGAGCUGAGCAGGAAGCUGCAGGAGUCCACCCAGACCGUCCAAUCCCUCCACGGCUCGGCCCGGGCCCUGGGCAGUUCAGCCCGGGAUAAAGAGAUCAAAAAGCUGAACGAAGAAAUCGAACGUUUGAAGAACAAAAUAGCAGAUUCAAAUAGGCUCGAGCGACAGCUUGAGGACACGGUGACUCUUCGCCAGGAGCACGAGGAUUCCACGCAUCGACUGAAAGGCCUGGAGAAGCAGUACCGCCUGGUGCGGCAGGAAAAGGAGGAUUUCCACAAGCAAUUGAUUGAGGCUUCCGAGCGGUUGAAGUCCCAGGCCCGAGAACUGAAAGACGCCCACCAGCAGCGGAAGCUGGCCCUGCAGGAGUUCUCAGAGCUCAACGAGCGCAUGGCCGAGCUCCGGUCCCAGAAGCAGAAGGUGUCCCGGCAGCUGCGGGACCGGGAGGAGGAGGUGGAGGCGGCCGUGCAGAAGAUGGACGCGCUGAGGCAGGAGGCCCGCAGGGCCGACAAGAGCAGGAAGGAGCUGGAAGCUCAGCUCGAGGACGCCGUGGCCGAGGCCUCCAAGGAGCGCAAGCUGCGUGAGCACAGCGAGAACUUCUCCAAGCAAAUAGAAAGUGAGCUUGAAGCCCUCAAGAUGAAGCAAGGAGGCCGUGGGCCAGGUGCCGCCUUAGAACAUCAGCAGGAGAUUUCCAAGAUAAAAUCUGAGCUUGAGAAGAAAGUCCUGUUUUAUGAAGAGGAAUUGGUGAGACGCGAGGCCUCCCACGUGCUGGAGGUGAAGAAUGUGAAGAAAGAGGUGCACGACUCUGAAAGCCAGCAGCUGGCCCUGCAGAAGGAGGUCCUGGUGCUGAAGGACAAGUUAGAGAAGUCCAAACGUGAGCGGCACAGUGAGAUGGAGGAGGCCGUGGGCACAGUCAAAGACAAGUACGAACGAGAAAGGGCGAUGCUGCUUGAGGAAAACAAGAAAUUAACUGCAGAAAACGAAAAGCUUUGUUCCUUUGUGGAUAAACUCACAGCUCAGAACAGACAGCUGGAGGAUGACCUGCAGGAUCUGGCAGCCAAGAAGGAGUCGGUUGCCCACUGGGAAGCCCAGAUCGCGGAAAUCAUUCAGUGGGUCAGCGACGAGAAGGAUGCCCGGGGCUAUCUUCAGGCCUUGGCUUCGAAGAUGACCGAAGAACUCGAGGCGCUGAGGAGCUCCAGCCUGGGGUCAAGGACACUGGAUCCCCUUUGGAAAGUUCGCCGUAGUCAGAAGCUGGACAUGUCUGCACGCCUGGAACUGCAGUCAGCUCUAGAGGCGGAGAUCCGGGCCAAACAGCUUGUCCAGGAGGAGCUGAGGAAGGUCAAGGACAUGAAUCUCUCCUUUGAAAGCAAACUAAAGGAUUCCGAAGCCAAGAAUAGAGAAUUAUUAGAAGAAAUGGAAAUUUUGAAGAAGAAGAUGGAAGAAAAGUUUAGAGCAGAUACUGGACUCAAGCUUCCAGAUUUUCAGGAUUCCAUUUUUGAGUACUUCAACACUGCACCUCUUGCGCACGAUCUGACGUUUAGAACCAGCUCAACUAGUGAGCAAGAAACACAAGCUCCAAAGCCAGAGGCGUCCCCACCAGUCUCUGUGGCCGCAACCACAGAACAGCAGGAGGACGUGGCUCGGGCCCCUCAGAGGCCACCCACCGUGCCGCUGCCCACCACACAGACCCUCGCUCUGGCGGGACCAAAGCCGAAAGCGCACCAGUUCAGCAUCAAGUCCUUCUCUAGCCCCACGCAGUGCAGCCACUGCACCUCCCUGAUGGUGGGGCUGAUCCGCCAGGGCUACGCCUGUGAGGUGUGCUCAUUUGCCUGUCACGUGUCUUGCAAGGACAGCGCUCCCCAGGUGUGCCCCAUACCCCCUGAGCAGUCCAAGCGGCCUCUUGGUGUGGACGUACAGAGAGGCAUAGGAACAGCCUACAAGGGCUACGUAAAGGUCCCCAAGCCGACCGGGGUGAAGAAGGGGUGGCAGCGGGCCUACGCAGUGGUCUGUGACUGCAAGCUCUUUCUGUACGAUCUGCCCGAGGGCAAGUCCACCCAGCCUGGCGUCGUGGCCAGCCAAGUCCUAGACCUCAGAGAUGAAGAGUUCUCUGUGAGCUCAGUCCUGGCUUCAGACGUCAUACACGCUUCACGCCGAGAUAUUCCGUGUAUAUUCAGGGUGACGGCCUCUCUCUUAGGUACACCUUCUAAGACCAGCUCGCUGCUCAUUCUGACGGAAAAUGAGAACGAAAAGAGGAAGUGGGUGGGGAUCCUGGAAGGCCUGCAGGCCAUCCUCCACAAGAACCGCCUGAGGAACCUGGUGGUGCACGUCCCGCAGGAGGCCUACGACAGCUCGCUGCCCCUCAUCAAGGCUGUCCUCACGGCCGCCAUCCUGGACGGGGACAGGAUCGCCGUCGGCCUCGAGGAAGGGCUCUACGUCAUAGAGGUGACCCGGGACGUGAUCGUCCGUGUGGCUGACUACAAGAAAGUGUACCAGAUCGAGCUUGCCCCCAAAGAGAGAGUCGCCAUCCUCCUCUGCGGCCGGAACCACCACGUCCACCUGUGUCCAUGGUCCUCCUUCGACGGCGUGGAGAGCAGCGUGGACGUCAAGCUUCCGGAGACGAAAGGCUGCCAGCUCAUAGCGACCGGGACGCUGAAGAAGAGCGGCCCCACCUGCCUGUUCGUGGCGGUGAAGCGGCUGGUGCUCUGCUAUGAGCUCCAGAGAACUAAGCCUUUCCACAGGAGGCUCAGCGAGCUUGUGGCCCCUGGCAAUGCACAGUGGAUGGCCGUGGUCAAGGACAAGCUCUGUGUUGGCUACCCUUCCGGGUUCUCUCUGUUGAGCACCCAGGGAGAUGGGCAGGCUCUAAACCUGGUAAAUCCCAAUGACCCCUCGCUUACGUUCCUCUCACAACAGUCUUUUGAUGCCCUUUGUGCUGUGGAGCUCAAAAGUGAGGAGUACCUGCUUUGCUUCAGCCACAUGGGACUGUACGUGGACCCGCAAGGCCGGAGGUCACGCACGCAGGAGCUCAUGUGGCCUGCGGCGCCCGUUGCCUGUAGUUGCAGCCCCGCACACGUCACGGUCUACAGCGAGUACGGCGUGGACGUCUUUGACGUACGCACCAUGGAGUGGGUCCAGACCAUCGGCCUGCGCAGGAUCCGGCCACUGAACUUGGAGGGCAGCCUCAACCUCCUCAACUGCGAGCCUCCCCGCCUGAUCUACUUCAAGAGCAAGUUCUCGGGAGCGGCUCUCAACGUGCCCGACACCUCUGACAACAGCAGGAAGCAGAUGCUGCGGACCAGAAGCAAAAGGCGGUUUGUCUUCAAGGUGCCGGAGGAGGAGAGGCUGCAGCAGCGGCGAGAGAUGCUCAGAGACCCGGAGCUGAGAUCCAAGAUGAUCUCCAACCCCACCAACUUCAACCACGUGGCCCACAUGGGCCCAGGCGACGGGAUGCAGGUGCUCAUGGACCUGCCUCUGAGCGCCAUGCCCCCCUCCCAGGAGGAGAGGCCCGGCCCUGCUCCCGCCAGCCUGUCCCGCCAGCCUCCGCCCAGGAACAAGCCCUACAUCUCGUGGCCCUCAUCAGGUGGAUCUGAGCCCGGCGUGGCUAUGCCUCUAAGAAGUAUGUCUGAUCCCGACCAGGACUUUGACAAAGAGCCUGAUUCGGAUUCCACCAAACACUCGACUCCAUCGAACAGCUCCAACCCCAGCGGCCCACCAAGCCCCAACUCCCCCCACAGGAGCCAGCUCCCCCUUGAAGGCCUGGAGCAGCCGUCCUGCGAUGCCUGAAGCUGCCGGUCACCGCAGCGGGGCCAGGGGCCCAGGUGGCCUCCUGUCAGUGCCAAGACUGAGCUGACCCUCCAGUGUUGUCCAAGGAAAUGUAGAAUCGAUUUGUAGAUACGGAGAUGAAGAAAAUACUUUAUUAUAAUAAUGAUUGGCUUUAUGCCGCACCGAGGCGGUAGGCCAGAUCUGCUCAUCUGCACAGCUGUUCCGUUUGCACACGAAGGACCGCCUGCGGCCCCUCCUGCCCAGAACCAGCUGAGGCAGUGCGGGGGGCCCGUGACGCCAGCCUCCUGCAGACCCCAGUGGCGCCGGGGGGCUCUGCAGGAAGCAGGCAGCUCGGGACGGCCUCGGUGCCGCGUCUGUUCCCUGUUCCCUGAAACUGUUUCCUAGGACCUUAGGAGAAUAGUAGGAAGUUGUGUAUCAUUCCCAGUGUCCCUAGAGUUUUGAAGACAGAGGAAAGUGGAGCUUAGUUUGUGGCCUUUUUAUUCAUUUAGCCAUUACAUAGUCAGAUGCAGAAGUCCUUCUGCCGACCUUGUAGCCAUGGACAGAGGCCCAUUCAAGUGAAGCCUGCCCUGUCCUGGUCCCUCAUGUGUGUCAGUCCGUUUCCGGUCACAACCACGAAGUGUCACCCGUAUCUACUACUGUGAAGUCAGCUGUGCUCCGUUUCCCGCUCGCUUCCACAGCUCUGCCUCCUGCUGUAAAACCAGUGAGUGUCGUGCAGCCGGGCCCCGAGGCCUGAGGGCCGAGAGGAGGCCAGAGCCCCGGGUAGCCCCGCGGCAGGUGCCAGGACCCCCGCCCCGCAUGGAGCCCCGUGAUCAGUGCCCUUCCGGAUCGUGUAGACUCGCCGCCACACUCCACCCGGUGGGCCGGCCGCAGCGCCCGCGUGUACCUGCCUGCCUUCCCCGCGGCAUUUGUGAGUAUCAGGCAGCCUCCUGUCUCUGUAAAGGCUUGCGAUUAACUUGCCCCGCUGGGCUUCUCCCUGUUCUCCCGCUGGUCGAUGUUCUCGGUGGCAACGCUGUUGAAGACGUGCACUUACCUUGAGUCGGCACUGAGUGACCUGGGCACCGUGGCCUGCCUGUGCGUGUCACACGCCCAGCACCCGCCUGCCCGCCCCCUGGGCCUUCUGCUGGGGCUGGCACCUGCUGGGGGUUCUGGUUUUUACUUUUUUAAUGUAAGUCUGAGUCUUUGUAAUUAUUGAAUUGUGAGAACAUUUUUGAACAAUUUACCUGUCAAUAAAGCAGAAGACGGCAGUUUUAAAGUU